AUGGCCUCAUCAAAUAGACAACGAACACAUACACAACAGUCAGCAAAUGGAAAUGAUCAAGUUUUUCUCAUCACACUAACAAAUCAUUCUACUUUACUGCAAAAUACAUCAUAUUUUCAACAAGCACCAGACGUGCAAUAUAUUGAACAGCGUAACAGUGGCAUAUUCAUAUCAAAUAGACCGGUUAAUAUUGGAAUAGAUCAUUCUGAACAACAUGAACGAUUCUUAUACAAUGAUUUAAGAUUUGAAUUGGAACAUUCAAUUCGAGCUUAUCUUCAACGAACACGACGACCCUAUCCAAUUAGUAUGGUUCUCGAUCUAUCAAACAUCCAUCGACGACAAUAA